AUGAAGUGGACUUCUGAUGGUUAUUCGUCCGAUACAUCAUAUAAUCGAUCACGUGAGUUUUAUGUUUUAUUUAUUACAAUUAUUAUAUUAUUUCCGUUUGAAAUAUGAAAUUGCAUUUCUCGUAUACAGUGUGUUUCACUUAAAUGGUAACACGAAAUAUUUCCGUUUUAGAAUUUUAUUUGAAUUAAUUUAUUACAAAAAAUAAUCAUCGGUCAUCGUUAAAAAUUAAAAUCAUAUUCAAUUUUUCACUAUGGCUAGUCAUUUUUGAAUAAUAUAAAUCUCAAAUAUAUGAAAUAUAUGAAAAAUAUGAAAAGAAAGUUUUCGUUAUUGUAGGCACAUUUAAUAACAGUGUAUUAUAAAUAAAUAUUGAUAAGAACGGUUAUCUAAAACCAAUUUUUGAUAGUUGACCUGUUGAAUUACAUGAAAAAAUAACAUACCAAACAAACAAUGAUAUCAACUGUUUAUUACAAUGUUUUAAUAAAAUAAUAUCUAUUACCAAAGUUACCACACAUUAUAAUAGUUACCCCAUUUUAAGGUAGGUACAUAUUUUUUCAUUUUUUCUACGUUCUUUAUGGUGUUUUUUAUUUAUUGGAAAAAUUCCCGGGAAAAUUAAAAGAUGAUCUCAAGGGAGUACCUCUCUAUCGAGAUUUCCUUUAAAAAAAUGUAGUAAAUCAUAGUAAAUUGGAGCAAAAUUACUAGUAGAAAAGUUGUCCACAGAAAAAAAAAAUAAAUAUAAUGUAAAACCAAUGCAUUCCUUGCUUGAGCAGAAUCUACAACGGAAAAAACUAUGAAAAAAUUAUUACUAUUAUCAAUUGUGUAAUUUAUUUUGUUGAAAUCUAAUUAAAAAUAUUCGUAGAGAAUUUAAAUUUCGAGAGAAAGCUGUUUUUGUCUUUUUUUAGAUAUGGAAAAAUGUUCAAUAAAGUUUAGCUAUUUUUAACACCUAUUGAUAACAUUUUAAUUUUGUGAGUUUUGUAUAUUAUUUUUUUCAGUAAUUACUCUGUGAUAAAACUCUAAGACUAACAAAUUUCACAGAAGGUUCAUUAAAAAGGGUAGCUAGCGGUUAAAAAAAAAAAUUGUGCUUAAUGAAGUAUUUUUUAUUUUUAAUGUCAAAUAUUGUCAAAAAUCGUACUUGUUGUCAACCUUGAGGUCGUGAGUUCAAACCUGAGAUCCAAAAAAAUUGUAUUUGAAAAAACCAUGUCGGGUGGUUUUUGCACAAUAUAUGUUUACUUUAUAUGUAAUUCGUCGUAUUCAAUAUAGUAUAUUUGUUUUACCUGUAUAAUAUGACAUAUACAUAGUUGAAAAAGCAAUAUUAUUAACCGAGAACCGCACAGAAUUAUUUUUGUUAGCAAUGAUUAAUCUUUGCUGACAGAUAUACAUUAAUUUCACCUCUAUAUCAAAACUUCCUUUUAAAAACAUUGCUAUCAUUAUAAGUUCGCGCAAAAUUGCCGGUACAAAAGUAGUGCACAGGAAAAAAAUCGUAUUAUUUUAGUAAUAAACUUCGUAUAAUUAAAAUUAAUGAAUUUGGAAAACAUCUAAUUUUGGACAGUGUUUAGUAAGGUGGAGGUAGUUAAGUUAAACAAGGUUUAUGAAAAAAAUUUUUAAACUGUUUAAAAUUAAUUCAUAUAUAACGCAUAUUGAAAAAACAAUCAAGACUCAUAAAAAUUACGUAUUUCAUUAUAUUUUAUUCAUAAGUCAAAGUAUAGUAUUUUUUUUUUUUGAAUAUGAUAUAUUGUUUUCAUAGCUCAUUUAAAAUACAAUUUUUAAUUCGUAACUAUAAUUACUAACAAUUUACAACAUUAUAAACUGCACAAUAGUACAUGCAAGAUAUUGUGAAUAGUAAUCACAAUAUUUAUUAUCAAUAGAGUAAUCACUGAUACACAGAAUAAUAAAACAAAUCCUUUUAUUGUAAUGAAAUAGUUUUGAUAAUAAAAUUACAGAUAAUUAUAGCUUAACGGAAGAUACCAUCAGUGGGUUUCUGCGACCGGAUGCACAGAACUCUGGCAUUCUUAAAACAGAAGCUUUCGACUCAAACGUGAAAGUUGAAAUUCUGGGGGUGUUCGACGUCAUAAUUUAUUAUGGAUUUAACGUUAUAUUUCGUAAACAAAUUANUAUGAAUUGUACUUUCAUGAGUUCCGAUUAUAGUAAUCCGAGUACAAAGUAUUACCGGUUGACGAAAUAAAGACAACUUCAAUGGGAUUCUAAGAUCGGUUGCACCGAACUCUGGCCUCCUUUAUAUAGAAGGUUUCGAUGCAACCGUGAAAGUUGAAAAUCCGGAAGCGGUCGAAGUCAACGGUAAUUUACUAUCGGUUUAAUGUUAUCUUUCAUAAGCAAAUUGAAAAUAAGUGUGUGGAAUCGUGUUGAUUUCGCCACCAAGAACGUCAAUAGUGAUAUGAAUGAUACUUCCCUGAGUUCCGAUUAUUGUAAUCCGAGUACAUUUUUACAAUUGAACUGUGAACGAAAAUACUCCUGAUAUAUUUUUCAUCUGCAUACUAUUAAUGUAUUUUUACAAAUAACUGUGGUUUGGUAAAUGAAACGGCCUAUACUGAAAUAUACUGACAUAUGAAUGCCGACAAACAUAGAAUAACCGAUUAACCUAAUAAUGAUCUGUUUUCUUAAAAAUAUAUAAAAUUCCACCGUUGAAUUAUGAUUAACGAACAUAGAACACUGAUAUAAAUAGCGAUUCUGCGUGUUAUUCUGUGAUUGUUGAUUCAUAUGUGAAAAAAAUGUGUAUAUUUUAUAAUAUAAACAUAGAUUUUCAAAAAUUUAAAAUUGUAAUAAAUUUAAAUGUUGAGAUUAGAAUGUAAACAGAUAAAAGUGUCUGGAAUCCGGUUGAUUUUUCCACCAAGAACGUCAAUGGUGAUAUGAAUAAUACUUCCCUUAGUUCCGACUAUGAUAAUCCGAGUACAUUUUUACAAUUGAACUGUGAACGAAAAUACUACUGAGAUUUUUUUCAUCUGCAUACUAUUAUUGUAUUUAUACAAAUAACUGUGGUUAGGUAAAUGGGACAGUGUAUACUGAAAUAUACUUACACAAGAAAAGCGACGAACAUAAAAUUACCGAUUAACCAAAUAAAGGUGUAUUUUCAUAAAAAAAUUUAAAUUCCAUUAAUGAAUUAUGAUUAACGAACAUUUAACACUGAUAUAAAUAGCAAUUCUGCGUGUUGUGCUGUGAUGGUUGAUCCCUGCGGGAAAAAAAUGUGUAAAUUUUAUUAAAUAAACAUAGACGUAAAAAUGUUAAAAUAGUAAUAUAUUUAAAUUUCGAUUUAUAAGAAUAAGAAAGAGAUAAAACAAAAUAAACCAUUUUAAAAACUACAAACUUCUAGAAUAUAAUGAAAAUAUUCAAAUGAAUAAAACAAAAUUAUUAAUUAUAAUGAAAUAUUUUUGAUUAUUAAAUUACAGACAAUAAUAGAUUAUCGGCAGAAAUCAUCAAUGGGUUUCUACGACCGCUGUCACCAAACUCUGGCCUCCCCUAUGCAGGGGAUUUAGACGCAACUGUUAAAGUUGAAAUACCGGAGGAAGUUGAAGACAAUGNUAAAUUUAAAAAAAGUGUGUGAAAUCAGAUUAAUUUUCCUACCAAGAACGUCAUUUGUGUUAUGAAUUGUACUUCCAUGAGUUCCGAUUAUAGUAAUCCGAGUACAAAGUAUUACCGGUUGACGAAAUAAAGACAACUUCAAUGGGAUUCUAAGAUCGGUUGCACCGAACUCUGGCCUCCUUUAUAUAGAAGGUUUCGAUGCAACCGUGAAAGUUGAAAAUCCGGAAGCGGUCGAAGUCAACGGUAAUUUACUAUCGGUUUAAUGUUAUCUUUCAUAAGCAAAUUGAAAAUAAGUGUGUGGAAUCGUGUUGAUUUCGCCACCAAGAACGUCAAUAGUGAUAUGAAUGAUACUUCCCUGAGUUCCGAUUAUUGUAAUCCGAGUACAUUUUUACAAUUGAACUGUGAACGAAAAUACUCCUGAUAUAUUUUUCAUCUGCAUACUAUUAAUGUAUUUUUACAAAUAACUGUGGUUUGGUAAAUGAAACGGCCUAUACUGAAAUAUACUGACAUAUGAAUGCCGACAAACAUAGAAUAACCGAUUAACCUAAUAAUGAUCUGUUUUCUUAAAAAUAUAUAAAAUUCCACCGUUGAAUUAUGAUUAACGAACAUAGAACACUGAUAUAAAUAGCGAUUCUGCGUGUUAUUCUGUGAUUGUUGAUUCAUAUGUGAAAAAAAUGUGUAUAUUUUAUAAUAUAAACAUAGAUUUUCAAAAAUUUAAAAUUGUAAUAAAUUUAAAUGUUGAGAUUAGAAUGUAAACAGAUAAAAGUGUCUGGAAUCCGGUUGAUUUUUCCACCAAGAACGUCAAUGGUGAUAUGAAUAAUACUUCCCUUAGUUCCGACUAUGAUAAUCCGAGUACAUUUUUACAAUUGAACUGUGAACGAAAAUACUACUGAGAUUUUUUNAAAUAUAGACUUUCAACGAUUUAAAAGAGUAAUAAAUUAAAAUUACGAUAGACUAGAAUUUUAAACAGAUAAAGGAAAUAAAACCAUUUUUUAAACGUCAAACUUCUAGAAUAUAAUAAAAAUAUUCAGAUGAAUAAAACAAAUUCUUUAAUUGUAAUGAAAUAUUUUUGAUUAAUAUAUUACAGAUAAUCAUAGAUUAUCGGCAGAAAUCAUCAAUGGGUUUCUACGACCGCUGUCACCAAACUCUGGCCUCCCCUAUGCAGGGGAUUUAGACGCAACUGUUAAAGUUGAAAUACCGGAGGAAGUUGAAGACAAUGGUAAUUUUUUCCUGAUUUGACGUUAUAUAUCGUAAAUAAAUUUAAAAAAUGUGUGUGAAAUCAGAUUAAUUUUCCUACCAAAACGUCAUUUGUGUUACUAAUUGUACUUCCAUGAGUUCCGAUUAUGGUAAUCCGAGUACAAAGUAUUACCAGUUGACGGAAUAAAGGUCUGUUUUCAUAAAAAUAUAUAAUAAUUCCAUCGUCGAAUUAUGAUUAACGAAGAUAAAGUACUGAUAUAGAUAGCGAUUCUGCGUGUUUUGCUGUGAUUGUUGAUCCCUAUGUGAAAUAGAUGUGAAUAUUUUUUAAAAAAAAUAUAGACGUUUAAAGAUUUAAAAGAGUAAUAAAUUAAAAUUACGAUAGACUAGAAUUUUAAACAGAUAAAGGAAAUAAAACCAUUUUUUAAACGUCAAACUUCUAGAAUAUAAUAAAAAUAUUCAGAUGAAUAAAACAAAUUCUUUAAUUGUAAUGAAAUAUUUUUGAUUAAUAUAUUACAGAUAAUCAUAGAUUAUCGGCAGAAAUCAUCAAUGGGUUUCUACGACCGCUGUCACCAAACUCUGGCCUCCCCUAUGCAGGGGAUUUAGACGCAACUGUUAAAGUUGAAAUACCGGAGGAAGUUGAAGACAAUGGUAAUUUUUUCCUGAUUUGACGUUAUAUAUCGUAAAUAAAUUUAAAAAAUGUGUGUGAAAUCAGAUUAAUUUUCCUACCAAAACGUCAUUUGUAUUAUUAAUUGUACUUCCAUGAGUUCCGAUUAUGGUAAUCCGAGUACAAAGUAUUACCAGUUGACGGAAUAAAUGUCUGUUUUCAUAAAAAUAUAUAAAUUCCAUCGUUGAUUUAUGAUUAACGAAGAUAAAGUACUGAUAUAGAUAGCGAUUCUGCGUGUUUUGCUGUGAUUGUUGAUCCCUAUGUGAAAUAGAUGUGUAUAUUUUUUAANUUAUAAAACAUUUUCAUCGUUCUAUUCGUAAGUGUUCAUUAAAGUUAAAUUUGCAUGGCAUCAUAAAACGAUUUUCAAUUUAUUUCAAUAAUUAUUUUUUGGUUACCUAGACGCAACUGUUAAAGUUGAAAUACCGGACGAAAGUUGAAGACAAUGGUAAUUUUUUCCUGAUUUGACGUUAUAUAUCGUAAAUAAAUUUAAAAAAUGUGUGUGAAAUCAGAUUAAUUUUCCUACCAAAACGUCAUUUGUGUUACUAAUUGUACUUCCAUGAGUUCCGAUUAUGGUAAUCCGAGUACAAAGUAUUACCAGUUGACGAAAUAAAGGUCUGUUUUCAUAAAAAUAUAUUAAAUUCCAUCGUUUUAUUAUGAUUAACGAAGAUAAAGUACUGAUAUGGAUAGCGAUUUUGCGUGUUUUGCUGUGAUUGUUGAUCCCUAUGUGAAAUAGAUGUGUAUAUUUUUUAAAAGAAAUAUAGACUUUCAACGAUUUAAAAGAGUAAUAAAUUAAAAUUACGAUAGACUAGAAUUUUAAACAGAUAAAAGAAAGAAAAACAAUUUGGAAACCUCUCACUUCCAGAAUAUAAUAAAAAUAUUCAGAUGAAUAAAACAAAUUCUUUAAUUGUAAUGAAAUAUUUUUGAUUAAUAUAUUACAGAUAAUCAUAGAUUAUCGGCAGAAAUCAUCAAUGGGUUUCUACGACCGCUGUCACCAAACUCUGGCCUCCCCUAUGCAGGGGAUUUAGACGCAACUGUUAAAGUUGAAAUACCGGAGNAAACCUCUAACUUCCAGAAUAUAAUAAAAAUAUUCCGAUGAAUAAAACAAAUUCUUUAAUUGUAAUGAAAUAUUUUUGAUUAAUAUAUUACAGAUAAUCAUAGAUUAUCGGCAGAAAUCAUCAAUGGGUUUCUACGACCGCUGUCACCAAACUCUGGUCUCUCUAAUACAGAGGCUUUCGGUUUAACCGCGAAUGUUGCUCGGUAUUUAAAAGUAAAGCCCCUCUCCUUCCUCAUGAAGUCCAAUUUUAAUUGUUUAAAUCAAUCACACUGA